AAGAGCGUCAGCAGCAGCAGCAGCAUCACCACCAUCACCACCGCCGCCGCCGCUGCGCUGCGUUUCCGCCUUGGCUGAGCGGCGCACACAGUCGCGAGGGGAGGGGAGGGACGCCGAGAGGAAGAACGGAGACGCAGUGGGGCACAGCACGGACUCCAAGGAGCAAAUUACACCGACGCACCAACACCCCCACCGCCCCCUCUCCAGAAGUACCUCAAGCGGCGACCUGACCUGUGCGGUGCGCGCGUUGAGCUUUCCAGCAUGGAGACUGCGAUAAAUAAUAAGCACUAAAAUUCUGAAAAUGAAGAAGUUCAACAUCAGGAAGGUGCUGGACGGUUUAAAAGAGGUGUCCUCCUCCACGCCGUCUGUCCAAGUGGGGCCACAAGAGAACCAUCUCAUCCAGGAGACUCUCCAGUCCGAGCAUUUCCAGCUCUGCAAGACUGUCCGUCAUGGCUUCCCCUAUCAGCCGUCGUCCAUGGCUUUUGACCCUGUGCAGAAGAUAUUGGCCGUUGGCACCCAGAGUGGAGCUCUCAGAUUGUUUGGGCGUCCUGGUGUGGAGUGUUACUGUCAGCAUGAGAGUGGAGCGGCUGUCAUCCAGCUACAGUUUCUCAUCAAUGAGGGGGCGCUGGUGAGCGCUUUGGCAGAUGACAGUGUCCACCUAUGGAACCUGAGACAGAAGAGACCAGCCAUCCUCCACUCCCUCAAGUUCAACAGAGAGAGAAUAACUUUCUGCCACCUACCCUUCCAGAGUAAAUGGUUGUACAUCGGCACAGAACGAGGGAACAUCCACAUUGUCAACGUGGAGUCCUUUAUGCUCUCAGGCUACGUCAUCAUGUGGAACAAAGCCAUUGAACUGUCCUCUAAGGCUCAUCCUGGACCAGUUGUUCACAUAAGUGAUAACCCCAUGGAUGAAGGAAAGCUUAUAAUUGGAUUUGAGUCUGGGAUCGUGGUCCUGUGGGAUCUCAAAUCAAAGAAGGCAGACUAUCGCUACACAUAUGAUGAGGCUAUCCACUCAGUUGCCUGGCAUCACGAGGGCAAGCAGUUCAUCUGCAGCCACUCAGAUGGAACUCUGACCAUAUGGAACGUCAGAGGCCAGGGCAAGCCCAUACAGACAAUCACACCACACGGAAAACAGCCCAAGGACGGGAAGAAGCCAGAGUCUUGUAAGCCCAUUCUUAAAGUGGAGUACAAAACAACUAGAAUUGGGGAGCCCUUCAUAAUCUUUUCCGGUGGUCUGUCCUACGACACGGUGGGCCGGAGGCCUUGUCUAACAGUGAUGCAUGGGAAGAGUACUGCUGUGCUGGAGAUGGACUAUCCUAUAGUAGACUUCCUCACGCUAUGUGAGACACCAUAUCCUAAUGAUUUUCAGGAACCCUAUGCUGUGGUCGUCCUUCUAGAAAAGGAUUUAGUGGUGAUCGACCUUGCACAAAAUGGUUAUCCAAUAUUCGAGAACCCCUAUCCUCUGACUAUCCACGAGUCUCCUGUGACCUGCUGCGAGUACUUUGCCGACUGCUCUGUGGACCUCAUACCUGCACUUUACUCUGUUGGCUCACGGCAGAAACGACAGGGCUACAGCAAAAAGGAAUGGCCCAUUAGUGGUGGAAACUGGGGUCAAGGCAUACAGAGCUACCCAGAGAUCAUCAUCACUGGGCACGCUGAUGGAACUGUGAAGUUCUGGGAUGCCUCUGCAAUAAUGCUCCAGGUGCUCUAUAAACUCAAAACAGCCAAGAUAUUUGACAGGAACAGGUCUAAGGAGGACAAGGGCAGCACUGAGGUGUCAGAUGAAGACCCCUUUGCCAUUCAGAUCAUGGCCUGGUGCCCUGAGAGCCGGAUGCUGUGUGUGGCCGGUGUGUCAGCCAAUGUUAUCAUCUACCGCUUCAGUAAGCUGGAAGUAACUACUGAGGUGGUUCAGUUACUAGAGGUGCGAAUGCAGUACGAGCUGAAUGACAUAGAGUCUCCAGAUGGCGGGGGUGAACAGACAUCAGCGCUCCCGACGCCCGGUGCCUCUCCUCAGACAAGCGGCCCACCUUCACACCCUUCCACCAGCAGCAACAACUCUGAUGGAGGCAACAUACCCUGCCUCAAAGUGCGCAGUACUCCAUUGAAGCAGUCUCCAGGUUACCAGGUAGAUUUGGUGGUCCAGUUAGUGUGGGUGAGUGGAGAGCCUCCUCAGCAGAUCACAAGUCUGGCCCUCAAUUCCUCCUACGGCCUAGUGGUAUUUGGCAACAGUAACGGUCUGGCAGUGGUGGACUACAUCCAGAAGACAGUAGUCCUCAACUUGGGGACGGUCGAGCUUUAUGGCUCUAAUGACCCCUACCAGAGACAGCCCCGGUCGCCAAGAAAGACGCGACAGCCUUCUGGAGGUCUUUGUGACAUCAAUGAAGGCUCAGCUACAUCGGAGGACCGCUGCAAGUCGCCUACUUCAGUCUUGAUGUCAAACAGCAAUCUACACCAAUUCUACAAUGGAGGUGGUAGAGGAGCAAAGAUGUCACGGAAAUUAAGCUUGCCUACUGAGCUAAAGCCAGACUUGGUCCUCCUGUCUGUAUGCCCGCCGCGGGGUGCCAACCCAUUAGACCACCGGGACAACUCUUUCAGCCGCUCACGCUCAUCCAGUGUCACCAGCAUCGAUAAGGAAGCACGAGAGGCCAUCAGCUCAUUCCACUUCUGUGAGACUUUCGCUCGGAAGGGGGACAGCACUUUGACACCCUGCCUGUAUGUGGGCACCUCCCUGGGAACUGUCCUGGUUCUGGCUCUCACAUUGCCACCUGCUGGAGAGCAACGGCAACUGCAGCCAGUUAUCCUUUCACCUGCCGGUAUGUUGGUACGGCUGAAGGGAAGCAUCUUGCGGAUGGCCUUUAUAGACUCCACGGGUUCUCAGCUGCCAUCUGCAUAUGAGCCUUGGUAUGAACCCAACGUUACAGCAGACGGCGAAGAAAGAGAAAAAGUCCGUAAGCGCCGGCCCGUCUCAGUGUCCCCUUCCACCUCCCAGGACCUCAAUGAGAGCCAAUAUGCUGUAGUGUGUUCAGAGAAACAGGCGAAAGUCAUGGCCCUCCCUUCCCAGACCUGCAUCUAUAAACACAGUAUCACAGAGACCUCCUUCAUCUUACGGGCAGAUGUGGUGCAGAUGAACCAAGGCAUGUGCGUGGCUUGUUUCUGUGCCAACGGCCACAUCAUGACCCUCAGUGUGCCAGGACUGAGACCGCUCAUGGAUGUGAACUACCUACCUUUGACAGACAUGCGGAUAGCCAGGACUUUCUGCUUUACUAACCUGGGUCAGGCCAUGUACCUCUGCUCCCCCACUGAGAUCCAGAGGAUCACUUACAGUCAGGACACUUGUGAAAACCUACAGGAGAUGCUGGGUGAACUUUUCACACCAGUGGAGACACCGGAGGCCCCCAACAGAGGGUUCUUCAAAGGCCUGUUUGGUGGCGGUGCACAGUCGCUGGACAGAGAGGAACUAUUUGGUGAAGUAGCAGCUGGAAGGGCAUCGCGAAGUCUGGCCCAGCACAUGCCUGGCCCAGGUGGCAUUGAGGGGAUGAAGGGAGCUGCCUCUGGUGUGGUUGGUGAUCUGGCACGUGCCCGGAUAGCACUAGAUGAAAGAGGCCAGAAACUGGGUGAACUGGAGGAGAGGACGGCCGCCAUGAUGGCCAGUGCAGACUCUUUUUCCAAACACGCCCAUGAGAUGAUGCUGAAGUGCAAAGACAAAAAGUGGUACCAGUUCUGAUUGGUGGAAGGGGUGGAGUAGAGCUCUGUGGACACCAUUGUCUGAUUGACCUUCCUCAUCUGGCUCAUCUGGACUCACCGUGACCCCUACCCAUCUGUCUGUCCCUUCAUCCGUCCCUCCAAGCCUUCUUCACUGAGACAAUUGGGGAUUUUCUUCCCUAGCACAAUGAUGAAACACUGUACUUACCUCAGUCUUGGGGUGGAACUGAGGGGUAGACAGGAGAGGAAGACGACCUCAGAGGGAAUAACUUAAUAAAUGGUGUCUUCUUUUUAUGUUCUUGUCUCAUUGUUUAUCUCUGUUCAGCCUCUCCUCUGAGGUAGCUGACUGGCCCAUACACCUGAAGAUUCUUCACUCUCAUUUGCCAAAAUGUUCUUUACUGUUGUCUCUACUCUGUACCCUCGUGGCCAAUAUUCAAACUGGCUAAAAAAAAAAAGACAAAUGUGUAAUGAAGAAGCAAAGACUUCAAAAAGUUAUUAAAAUGUAAAAAAAAAAAAAAAAGUAAAUACAUAAUUAUAUAUACAUAGAUCUAAUAAAUGUGCAAUGCUGUAUCCACUUCCAAGUGACAAGUACAAAACAAAGGGAUAACUCAUCGAGGAGAUGGAAGCGGGGCGCGAGGGCCGAAGGAGGCGCCGUUGGAGAGGUAUAAGAAGAGCUGCGAUAGCGAUGUCUCCUCUAUGCAGAGAGUCGCAGGGAUAACUCAUUCGGAAGUACACUGGAUAUUUCAUCAUCUUGCUCAAUCUCUAGACUCACCUCUGUAUUUGACAAACUUUCAAAUCGUUACCGUGUGUGUGGGUGCGUGCGUGAGAACGUAUGUGCGUGCGUGAAUUUCUUUUCUUGCCAUUCCUCUAUUUGUUAUUUGUUGGGUUAUUUGCUCCGUCUGUAUUAUGAUCAUUAUUAUUAUUAGUAGUAAUAUUAUUGGAAAAUCUCUUAUUUUUCUAUUGUUGUGAAAGUGGAUGAUAUUUAAUUUGUUGAAAAAGAAAAUACAUUUUGUGACUUUUGUCUAACAACUGAAAUUAAUUUCUCCUUAUGAAAAGGGCUGGAAUCUAUAAGGAGGGCAAGGAUAUAAAAGGCAUAUUUGGGACUCAGUAACAUAGUGACAUCAGCUUUUUUUUUUUUAAUUCUAAAAGAGAGCAUGUAUGAACCACACACAUUUAUUCCUUUACUGAAAAUGUCAAUUAAUCACUUAUCAGAUGCAAUGUGAGCUGCCUCCCACUUGCUCGCUCUCUCUCCGAUGUCACGAGCUCGGUGGUUUGAUGAAAUCAGCGUUAAAUACAGAAAUAGCCAAGUAUUACAUACAUUGCAAGCAUAAAUCCUAACAGUAAUCAUACAGGUGGGAUAAAAACAAAAUGGCUGAGUAAUCUUUCAAAGGGACAUAUUUGAAACUUUUUUUGUGUAUUUUUUUUGUUAUUUUCUUUGUUUUGCUGACACUUGUCUGUACGUGUGAUUCCUUUUAAUAUUUACUUACUGAGGUGGAGGAGACAGCUGUGUUUGGUGUUACCUUCAUUAUCAUCUUGUUUCUAUUUUCCAUGUUUGCAGUCGAACUCAAAUGUGAUGUAUCUGUCUACCGGGCUUUUAACCUUUAUUUGUAUAUAAGUAAAUAGUUUGACAAUCUAAGUGGAAAGUAAAUGCCGAGGUUGCUCAGGCAACAAAAGAGGAGACAGGCCAUAUUUUUUUCUGACGCCAAAGAAUUGCUUUACCUUUCCCACUGCGUUGUCCCAUAGCAUUUGGCCGCGACUCUGGAAACCACACGGUACAUGUGAAUAUGUGUUAUCCAGUACAGCUUCACCCAGUGCAGGCCCAGGAUCUGGGCAGUUUAGAUAUAUCACCCUUGUCACUUUCAGGGUUCAGGAAAUAGAAAGUCGAGAAGGAACUCAGCCAUUUAUAACACGAUGGAUCAUAAAAAUCACUAUCAUUCCACCACACCUCAAAUGAUAUUUAUGGUAUUCAUCUGUGUGAAUGCGUGUAUUUGUACAUCUUCUCUGUCUGUAUGUAAGGUUAUGCUCAUAUAAAUGAAGUGAUAUGAUUUAUUAUAUUUUGUUCCGGUUGUUUACUCAUUGCUGGUGAUGUCCUAGUUCAGGUAAGUGUGGACAAACUCAAACCACCAAUAAAGUUAAAAAAAAAAAAAAGAGGACAAGGAUAAGAUAAUGUGUGAUAUAAUGUGAGGAUGACCUCUAAAUUUUGGUUUAAUUUAAAAGUCCUUCACUUGUCCUCUGUAUUCUCUCCGUUGGUUGCGCAGCUACAGAUGUGGCCUCCUGUGUUUCCAGUAAGCAUUGUGGUGUGAAUGUUGGCUGGUUGGUCUAUCUUUCGCCCCUAAGCUUAAAAAGAGAGACAAAACGAAGUACUUCAGGAAAAAUAGCUUGUUUUAGCUACAAGUCAGCCCCCCACCAAUAUCCGUUUGAUGUCUUUCCCUUUAACCCAGCUGUUAUUUCUUUGAAUGUUAUACUUGUUUUCCCAUCUUUGAGUGAAUUUGAUUUUUCAGCCCAUGUACUACAGUAUGCAGUAUUCCUACCUGAUAUGAUCCACACUCAAUAAGAGGGAGUCCUGUCUAUCUGCCAUAUGCCAUCUUCUGUCCUCGAUUCAACAGUUAUCAGUGGGUUGCAGUAUUUUUCUCAUUGUAGCCAAUUUUCUUGUACAGUUUUAUGCAACUUUCACAUGGAUGUUUAUGACUUUAUCUGCUGCCACAAAAAUUUAGAAAUUCUGUAGAUAGAGAUUACUGUGCAAUGGAAAAUAAAAGUCGAA